UGGAACAUCGCAAUCAGACAAAGUUCUUGCUUCAACAGUGAUUGAACGGAACGCCUGGUGGUUUUAAGAGUAAACCCAAUUUAGUUUACUUUUUGUUGAACGCCAUCCAACCCAACGGCAAGAUGAGCUCUCAACUGCGUCAGAACUACAGCCAGGACAGCGAGGCAGCCAUCAACCGGAUGGUGAACCUCAAGAUGUAUGCUUCUUACACCUAUCUGUCCAUGUCAUACUACUUUAACCGCGAUGAUGUGGCCCUUCAUCACGUGGCCGAGUUCUUUGAGGAGCUGAGCCACGAGGAACAGGAGCAUGCCGAAAAGUUCCAGAAGUAUCAGAACAAGCGUGGAGGUCGUAUAGUCUUGCAGGAUGUCAAGAAACCAGAACGCGAUGAAUGGGUUAAUUCCCUGGAUGCCAUGCAGACGGCUCUAAAUCUGGAAAAGACAGUUAACCAGGCGCUUCUCGACGUGCACAGAGUGGCAACUGACAGAAACGACCCCCAUCUGUGUGAUUUCCUGGAGAGCGAGCAACUGGAGGAACAUGCCAAGCGAAUUAAGAAGCUUGGUGAUUAUAUUACUAACUUAAAGCGCCUUGGUGUGCCCCAGAAUGGCAUGGGAGAGUACCUUUUUGAUAAGCACACCUUAGGCGAGACCAGCUAAGAUCCUUUUUCUUCAGAGAGGCUACCGGUCAACAGGUCAUCCGCCUCCCCGAGAAGAUGAUUGUAUCUGUAACCUGUUAACAUCUUUACUAUUGAUGUUACAAUAAAACGCUUCUGGUUGA